ACGUAACCGGAAGAUAUGUGAAUAGUCAGGGUUGCUUUAUUUAUAGAGGAACGCUGGCAGCAGUUAACGUGCAGGAGAUGCCGUGGCACCAGUAAAAUUAGAGCUGUUUUUAACAAUUGGUGUUAGUACAGUUUGUGGAUGCUUUAACGGCGCCUUAUAUCAUUUCAUUGUUAUUGUACGCCAUUUUUAUCUUCGAGUUAGUUACGUAUUAGAUGUGACAGGGUCGCAUGGAGUUGUCGUUAAAAAGGUAGGUAAGGUGUUGUGCGGACAAGAGAUCAUCCAGCUAAUGUUAGCUUGUCGCAGCCGGGGAAGACGUGCGCUGUGGACUUGGAAGAGGCGAAGUUCGGCGCUGCUGCCCACCCUGCUAACGGACUGAUAUUAACCUAGACAAUGGGCCUUAUAUUCGCCAAACUGUGGAGCUUCUUUUGCAACCAAGAGCACAAGGUGAUAAUUGUUGGACUAGACAAUGCAGGGAAAACCACUAUACUCUACCAAUUUCUGAUGAACGAGGUUGUCCACACGUCUCCCACCAUUGGUAGCAAUGUGGAAGAAAUAGUGGUGAAGAACACUCACUUCCUGAUGUGGGACAUAGGAGGGCAGGAGUCUCUCAGGUCCUCCUGGAAUACCUACUACUCCAACACUGAGUUCAUCAUCCUGGUGGUGGACAGCACAGACAGAGAGAGGCUGGCCAUCUCAAAAGAAGAGCUCUACAGGAUGUUGUCCCAUGAGGACCUGCGGAAGGCAGCAGUGUUGAUAUUUGCCAAUAAGCAGGAUAUGAAGAACUGCAUGUCUGCAGCAGAGAUCUCCAAAUACCUCAGUUUGAGCUCCAUCAAAGACCAUCCCUGGCACAUACAGUCCUGCUGUGCACUUACAGGAGAGGGCUUAUGCCAAGGUCUGGAGUGGAUGACGUCCAGAGCUGGGCUCAGAUAGCCCCUCCCUCAGUGGCACAACAGCUUGUCUUUAGUGGGUUUUUUUUUUUUUUUAUGACAAAGUUGGACUUUGACCUCUGGGGAGAGCACAGGGUGGGAGCAUUGGCAAUUCCACAGAUGAACUGUGAGUGGAGCUGAGACUUGUCCUGGUCAGUGGAAAUAUGACCAGACCUGGUUAUGGAACAAGAAGUCGCUUCCACUGUUACAGAGAAGGUAAUUAUUUCAACAGGUCUCAAGGCCAGAGGAUGUCAAAGGUAUAGCUGCACAGGACGCUGGUCAUUUACACUACAUGUUAGAUUAUAGCACAUCAUAUGUCAUAAACAUACCCAGCUUGGAAAAAUAUGGUGCAGCUCUAUCAUUAUUACUAUUGUUUGCCUCCAUUUCAUCGUUUGUUCAUGUUCAGGUAAAAGGUAUCAGGACAAAUGGAGGGAUCUUGAACAGUAUUUUAACACCAGUUUUGAUGGUGAUGAAACUCUGGCACCAAGUUCUGCAUAAAGCUCAUUAGGAGUUUGACAGUUUUUCCCUGUCAUUUUUAGCUCAGAUAUGUUCCAUUUCAUUUCAGUUUCAUAAGCUACACUGUGGUGGUUAUUCUCACAGUAGGAUUUAUUGGUGCCAUAUUUAAAUAGAGUGAAGUCUGACAUUUCCCUUUUUAUGAACUUGAAGCCUGGACCUUUUAAAGUGUUGGUAUGAAAUGUUCUUAUUCUAACUCUUGGAACAGUUGGAAAUAACUCCAGCCAUUUAGUUUAGGAAAGCAGCAGAUGGCUUUUAAAUUCAAGUACAAAGGUCAGUUUUAUUAUGAGUAUUUUUAAUGCAACUCUUAUUUCAAUGAUGCAUUAGAAGUGUUAUCUAAUUUUAUUCUUUUUUUGUUUUCAUAGAUUGUUGUUCACAGCAGGUUAGCGUCUAGACUUGUUUUGUAUUAACAGAUCAUUGGUGCUCUGCAAAUGUGUGUGUGUGACUGAUCCACUGCAUCCCAGCCUUUUUUUGCACCUAUUUGAGCUUGUACGCCUCUUUAUAGGUUUGUACAAUUUAAGCAAAGGGAUCAGAAUAAGUCUCCAUCAAAAUGGUGCCAAACAUUUAUGGAAGUUGUUACGCAAACAUUUUCACUCAUUUAGUAGCAUUAAGAUAAUCAAGUCAACAUUUUGGCUUAUAGUUAAAAUACUUGUUCCUCCGCCUUAAGCUGUUGAGUGUCUGAAGGACUGUGUGCGAGUCUACAUGUGAUUUUUACCCUUUUUUCCAUUUUUAAUCUGGCGAAAGAGUUUGUUGAACUUGCUAACAGAUCUAUGCACCUGUCACUUUGAAACUUGUGUGUACUUUUUGCAUGCUCCACCGUGGCUGAACAGGAGGAGGAUGCAUGAGUAUCACAGUUUGAAAACAGUAAUAGGGAAAAAAAACUGGUAUCCAUCUUGGCCUGGGAGCAUCUCUGGGUUUUGUUCAUUGCUAUGGGACAAGGUAUUUUUACACUAAACAGAAGAAGGGUUAACAGUGCAGCCCCCAGACUCUUUGACCUCACACUGCAGGGGAACUGAUCACACAUUGUCACUGUGGUGUCUUGCUGGGACAUGUACUGUACUUCAUUCAGUAAAGGUUUUUGAACUUU